UUUGACAAUACCUUCUCCUACUUAUCGCACUCGGCAGCCCACCAUUGCGAAUGUCAUGACGUCACACAAUGCAAAAGCACUAUGCGUGAUUAUACGUUCAGAAAUGGAUAAGAACUCCUGUAAUGAAAGUGAGCAAUCAGAAUACAUGUACGGUGGUCAUCAGAUUGAAACCACUAAAGUAAAAAAACGUCCUAAAAGUUCUGUAUUUUGUAAAGAAACAAAUAAUUUAUCGAGAAAUAUAGUAUUUUUCUAUUAGUUGAAAUUAUGUAACUUUUUCUAUCGCUUCUAUUUCAUUAUUAAAAUCAACUGAAGAGCAUCACGCAAGGGAAACUUACAAUGCCUUUGAAGCAAGUUUGAUCGGUAAUGUUGGCUAAUUUGGAAGUUAGAAAAUGGAAGAUUAUUUCCAGCUGUUUGUGUUAAUAGUGAGGAGAAAUGUUGUGUCCAGAAGUAUGGAACUUUCCACCCCCAGCUGCAGUACAUCAAUUUAAGCGGGGGAAUUUUGCGAAGGAUUCGACCGCGUGUGAUAAACUAAUUAAUCUUCACCACUUUAACCAUUUGAUUUCUGUGGUGUUACCAAGCACAUCCAGCGUCCCGGACAGUUUGACAAGCUUACUAGAUGUUGAUAGUGAUUACUAUAAGAUACAGAAAGUCAAUAUCUCCGAAUUUGUCAAUAAAGAAUUUAUAGAAUCCUUUGUGAAAGAAGGACAUCUAACUGUGCUCAGUGACAGCUCUCGAAUAGAUUUAGAAGACUGUAUGUGUAUUACACCUAAUGGACAACUUGUUUUGAAUCUAGUAAGGGAGACGUAUCUGGAAUUGGGUUUGGAAGGAACUUCUUCAGCGGUUAGUUCUGGGACUGCACCGAGACAUACGUGAAGGCGGCGCGGCGGCCCUAUGCCCAAGCUGCGGCAGCCGGCGGCGCUGGAGGCCGCGGCGCUGCGGGCGGUGGGCGCGUUCGUGGCGGCGGCCGGCCGCGCCAUGCUGCUGCCCGUGUGCGCGCUCACGCAGCGCGACCCCGACCGCGGCCUCGCCGCCCUCCAGGAGCGCCUGCAAGCGCUGAACGAGCUGCUGUACGCGAGCGUGCCGUGGUACCUCUUCGACAAGAUGGCGCAGCAGGUGCUGACGGCGGUGUCUGCGCUCAUCCAGGAGACGAAGAACGAGUUCAACAACUUCGAGUCGAUGAGCAUCUUCAUGAACCACAUGAACGUGGUGGUGAGCCUGACGGAGGUGGCGGUGCACCCGCACCUCAGGCACAUCGACAUCUCGCUCUGGCCCAAGAUCAUGCGCUACGUGCUGUACCGCAACCUGCACCGCAUGACCGGGCUGGAGAGCCUGAACCUGGGCUCGGGCAGCAGCGGCUGGAAGAUGGCGGACAUCGAGAAGUCGAUCGUGGGCGGCAUCACCGCCAUGCACCACCUGACCUCGCUGUGCCUGUGCUUCGACUGCACCGACCACAUCCUGUCGCUGGUGGGCGCGGCGUGCGCGCGCCUGCAGAAGCUGGACGUGACGUCGUCGCGCUCGGUGACGAACCGCAGCGUGCCCGCGCUGCUGCAGUGCGCCCGGCUGCGCGAGCUGCACCUCUACCGCACCUCCGUCACGGUCGAGGGCUACGCGCAGCUGCUGGUCGGCCUCAAGGAGUUGGAGGACUUCGGCCGCUGCGACGAGUUCGGCCAGGUGCUCGAGUUCGCCAAGAGCGUUCUGGAGGACGGGCCGUACGGGCUGCGCAUCUUCCAGAGCAGAGAUGUGACGACGGCGCACUUGAACCUCCUCGUGGAGAUGUGCCCCAAAGUGACGCACGUGUCCAUUUUCCACGACGAACGGAUCAGCGACAUCACUGUUUUAGCCAAUUUGGACGACCUGAGCGAGUUGAAGCUGCUGUCGUGUGACUUUUUUACGGACAAUGUGAAGCAGCUCCUGGAGAUCAAAGGGCAGAAUCUGACGUGGCUCCACUUGGAGCACGUGGAAGAGAUCGAUCUGAACGCUCUCAUGUACAUCAGUCAGUUUUGCCCGAAUCUGAAGAAGUUGACGUUCUACAACUGCGAGUUUCUCGACCACACGUCGCUGUCGUACACGAAGCUCUCCGUCCCUCCGUUUCAAUGCCUCGAGAGGAUCGUCUGCCUGGCGGACUGCGCGCUGCUGCACCUCGAGUUCCUCCUGUCCAACUGCUUCAACAUUCGCUUCAUUCAGCUGGGCUCCUCGACCGGCAUAGGCGACGAGACGAUGGCCAAAGUGCUGCUGCGGAACCCCAUGAGGAAAUUGGAAGAGCUGAGAAUUCUCUACAGUGACAAUCUCAGCAUGCAAACAGUGCAGCUGUUGAUGACGCACUGCCACUCACUGCGCGUGCUGUCUGAACUUGAAAGUUGGCAAGGCAUCACUGAAAGGGAGCUCACGGAAUUUAGAAACCAUUUGGCCGGCAUUGGUCACAUAGGCAUCUGCAAGAAAGAACUGCAUGAUGCUCAAACUGAUGAUCUUGAGUACCAUGGUUCCAUCAGUACCCUGAAGCAAAGGCUAGUGACAGUAGACCUGUGCAGUCCUAGCUUCACACCAGGUAAAAAGAACUACAGCAGGGUGCGAGAGGCUCUACGAAACAGACUUCCAGUGUUUGAUUUGUUGCUUGUGUGGGAGCCACCUGGAGAAAAUAUAUGCCCAUCAUCUGUUGCAUCGUAUUUCCAUACUCGUGGUUACUCUGUGCUGCUUUGUCAGCCCAAGACUUCGAGGCACUUUGAGCAGAAAGUAUCAGUUCCCACUUUCCCAUUGCACAAAGAGGAUGAAGAUCCUCAAGACUGGAAUGAAGAUGCUGAGAAUCUCGUGGAAUGGCUGGGAGCUUUCUCUCUGGGGGCAGAUAUAACAACUGGGUCUCCGGACAACUAUUUAAAUAGUUACGAGCCUCCUUCACCCACUGUCAUGUGCAAUGGUGUUCUUGUUUUGGAGUGGAGAGGAUUUUUUUCUGCACAGAGGAUAUACAGUUUUUACUCUCUGCUCAGGAGAUUCAUAGAAGACACACCAGCAAGUCCUUGGGGUAGCCUGCAUGUCAAUGGGUUUGCUGACGCUCCAAUCAGUUGGGGCAAACAGGAGCACACAUUUUUCACAGAUGGAGACAACAACUACACACUGUUCCUACAACCCUCUCAGUACAUAGCCUGCAGCACGUACAGUUCAAAUAGGCGCCCACGAUCUAUUACAAAGCGAAAAAAGCAUUAUUAGAAUUUCUGAAAUGCGCACUUGCACAAUGUAGUUAGAGGGGAAAAAACUUUGCAAUCAAGGCUUCUUAAACACAUUGCGUACCGGCACCACAAACCAUCCUCAGACUGUACUGAACAGUGCUGAAUACAAGGUGUUGUGAAAAGUUCUAAAACUCUACAUUUCCUGAAGAGUAUGAAAUGAGAAUUCUCAUUAGCAGACCUCCUUGUGUUAAAAAUACUAUCUUUGAUAUGUAAUUGGAGAAAAUUAGGAUUAUAAAUGUAAAAUGAAUAAAUUCUUUAAUAAAAAGUUGUUUUGUUAGUCU